UAUGCCGCAGUUAAACCUAAACCAGCUUCUUUUGCAGGUGUCCAUUGGAGAUCCGCAGCGGGCAAACAAAACCUUGCCCGACGGCCUUUCUAUACGUCGCACGACGCUGAAGGGCACUCAGUACGGCGUGUUCGCCACAAAACCGCUGCCCAAGAGAAUCUUCUUCGGGCCUUACGAAGGCGUGCGCCGGGAAACACUGCAAACGCCGGAGACCAGAUUCCUGCGCAAGGUUCACACAGGCACCAAGGGUCGCCUGGUAGACGGCCGCCCGCUGGCGCUGUCCAACUGGAUGCGUUACGUGAACAGCGCUCCGGCCGGACAGGACCCCAAUUUGGUCGCCUUUGAGCGUGCCGGAGCCAUUUAUUACAGAACGUGCAAGGCGGUGGGAGCAUUCGAGGAGUUGCUCCUCUUGGACGAAACAGCUGACGCGCGAAAGUCAAGUGCCUCAGUGACGCAGAAGAAGGAUUCUCUCCGGCCACGAGAGGUAUUUUCCUGCACUAAAUGCGGGGACUGCUUCUCUUCGCAAAUGUGCCUUGAAAGGCACAAUCGCCAUCAUCACACCGAGAGGCCGCAGGGCGCGCACAGUUGUUCUACAUGCGGCUACUCCACUAACCAAAGAUGGCGGUUCGACCAGCACAGCUUGACUCACACAGGAGAAAGGCCGUACGUGUGCGAAAUAUGCAAAAAGGACUUCACAUGGCGCACCGACCUCAAUGUCCACUUGCUGGCCCACACUCAAGAGAGGCCGUACGAGUGCCCAGAAUGCGGCGAGCGCUUCAACUGCCCAUCUCACCUGCACCGCCACAAAAAAAUGCACUCGGGCGACCCACGGCCGCACGUCUGUCCUGACUGCGGCAAAUGCUACGCGAGAAAAGACUACCUCAAGGUGCACGUGCUCACCCACGUGGCAGAGCGUCGGUACGAAUGCGCGGAAUGCGGCAGGAAGUUUGCUGACCCGAGUAACGCCAGACAUCACUACCUUUUUGUGCACGCCAAGCAGUAUCCGCUCUCAUGUCCGCAUUGCGGUCAGGGAUUUGCAAGUCGGCGUGACGUACGGCGACACGUGCGAGCGAGGCACGAUGGCCAAGAAGAUUGACUGCAAGGCUGGCACGACUUACUUGAGGAUUGGCGUCGCAGCAGGCAGUGCUGCCCAAUAAAAUUUUCGCCACAAGAUCGUGACGAACAAAACGCUUUCAGCAACUCAACUGAACGCACGGUAAGAACAGAUGUUUACUGAGCAUUUGUCCAGUGGCAUGAAAACACACUGCACAGAAAAAGGCAACACAGGCGAAUAAUGUUUGUUAGUUUCGU